AUGAAAACUAAAGUUGCUACAAUCCUAACCCUGCUCAUUGCCUGUGUUUACGUUGCCACCGCCGCCGCUGCCGGUGGAGAUGAAGCAGUCGAAUCACUGGUUUUCCCAGCUUCCUACAAAGCGAUGAGUGUUUCUAAUGGUGGUACUAUCAGCGGGAUGGUAAAAUUUGAGGGCGAUGCGCCUGAAAUGAAAAAACUGGAGGUUACCAAAGACCCGCAGGUUUGCGGUAAGACUGAUAAGUACGAUGAAUCGGUUGUCCUCGGCGAAGGAAAUAGUUUGAAAGAUACCAUCGUUUAUCUAAUCGACAUCUCAGAAGGUGCCGAUUUUCCAACUGAUCCAAAGGUCAAAUAUGAGAUUGAUCAGAAAGGCUGCCAUUUUGAGCCGCAUGUGCGCCUCCUUCCGGUUGGGAAAACGACUGACCAUGGUCAAUCCCGACAGAGUCAAUCAUACGUUCAUAUCUUUAGUGCGGUGAAUCCUGCGUUUAAUAAAUCGCAGCCGGGCAGCAGACGGAAGAUGAAUGUUAAGCGGUAA